CCAUAAGGUGUUUGAUACUGCGCAAGCCAUUCCAUCCAAAGCUUCUGCAACGUUUUCGAGCUCGUUGGAUUCGUUACUGAGCUCUGCUGAGUAUCCGUGGCGGAAUCCAGAUCGCAAAGAGUUUCGGCUUUACGAUUCGAAGCUCUCCCUCUUUUCUCAAAAUACGAAGAGUUCCAUUCUUUACAAAAUGAAGAGGCCAAUGCCAUGGAAUGAACAGGUAGAUGUUAUAUCAUCAGGUGAAUCUUCUUCCUCUGAUUCAGAAAUAGGGGGACAAAAUGAUGGAUUUGAGUUCAAGCCCUCCAUUGACGACUUCAAAAUUCCUGCAAAGGAGAUGACAUCUGAUGGCAUGUUGAUUAAAAGGGCAGAAAUGUAUCAAGAAUACAUGAAACAGAUCCCGAUCCCGGCACACCGUGGAUCUGUUAUACCGUUUACAACAUGGAUGGGACUAGGAAAAUCUAUAAAGCAACUUUAUGAACAGCCUUUGCAUUACCUGACUAACAUUCAGCUCAAACAGUGGGAUCAAUUAAGAUUCGGAAGUGUGGAUGAAUAUAAGCCAUUGGAUACCAUAAUUCAUCCGAGUAAAGCUGAAGCAACCGUAUGGCUGGUUGAAGAGAUUCAUCGGCGCACCUCGUCACAUCAUCAUGUUGCUAAGCUCUGGUUAUCAGACUCGAUGCACGAAGUGUAUGUUGACUCCAUUUUCCCCCAACUAUGAAAGCUGCUGCUCUCAGUUAAGUUCUGUUCUGUGCUGAUAUUAUAACAUAUUUCUAGUAGACUAACUUGUCAUUGACAAUGUGAAUCGUAAUAGAAACAACAUAGUUCUUUAGUCACACUGCUCUUGAAUGUGUAGGUUUCUUAUCAACUGACAUAGAACAUGCUCUACCAUUGCUUCUUCUGUCCAUUGUUGUGUCUAUCUGUGAAGUAGUUGAUUGCAUUUACUUUUGUAGCUUACAGAUAGAAAAGCAAUCUUAAGUUUCACAGAGAUCGAAUAUAAAUCAAUAGUGAAGAUGCAUAGUUUCUUUUA